UGAACUCACAAACCGUGAUAUCAUGACCUGAGCCGAAGUCGGACACUUAACUGACUGAACCACCCAGGGGCCCCAGAGUUAACUUUCUGAUGCACAGAUUUGACCUUGGCACAGUGAUGCAUCGACUCUUCACUGCCCUCAGCACCAUCCAGAUGCCUUAACCUGGUCGUUCAAGGUCCCAGGCAGUCAGACCUCAAUCUCUCUCUUCUUUUUACUCCCACCUUGUACUCUUGCCACUCAGGUAACAUUUACCUGCCUUUCUCUCUCACAUUCCUGUGGCCUGUCAAGGGCAGGGGCUGUUCUUGCCUUUGAACGGCCAGUGCCUGACACCUGUUGCACAGUGAACAUUUGCCGUAAACUGCGCUGAACGCUGUACCGAAGUCAAGCCUUGGCUGGUUGUUUGGACUGUGACUUUGAGGCUCCCUCCCUUUCUGAUCCCAAGAGUCUUUUUGAUGGGUGGCCCCUGGCUGGGGUGAAGCUCCCCCGUCUUUAUUCUUGUCCCCCAGCGCGGUGUGGGCUGCCGGCUGCAGGAUGAACUGUCGCUCGGAGGUGCUGGAGGUGUCGGUGGAAGGGCGGCAGGUGGAGGAGGCCAUGCUGGCCGUGCUGCACACCGUGCUCCUGCACCGGAGCACGGGCAAGUUCCACUACAAGAAGGAGGGCACCUACUCCAUCGGCACCGUGGGCACCCAGGAUGUGGACUGUGACUUCAUCGACUUCACCUACGUGCGCGUCUCCUCUGAGGAGCUGGACCGUGCCCUGCGCAAGGUUGUCGGGGAAUUCAAGGAUGCACUGCGCAACUCUGGGGGUGAUGGGCUGGGGCAGAUGUCCCUGGAGUUCUACCAGAAGAAGAAGUCUCGCUGGCCUUUCUCAGACGAAUGCAUCCCCUGGGAGGUGUGGACGGUCAAGGUGCAUGUGGUAGCUCUGGCCACAGAGCAGGAGCGGCAGAUCUGUCGGGAGAAGGUGGGUGAGAAGCUCUGUGAGAAGAUCAUCAACAUCGUGGAGGUGAUGAACCGGCACGAGUACCUGCCCAAGAUGCCCACGCAGUCGGAGGUGGACAACGUGUUUGACACAGGCUUGCGGGACGUGCAGCCCUACCUCUACAAGAUUUCCUUCCAGAUCACUGAUGCCCUGGGCACCUCGGUCACCACGACCAUGCGCAGGCUCAUCAAAGACACCCUUGCCCUCUAGGCCUUACUGGGGCCGUGGGCUCUCCUUGAUGGCUUGCAGACCUUGGCUUCUGGGGAUCGUACCGUUGGCCCCUUGGGGCUCGGGAACCUGCCCCAGGUCCUUGAUGAGACUUGGAAUGGCCACCCCUGGCUUCCUUGUUUUGUGGUUGCCAGUCUCUGGUCAUUCUUUUAACCUUGGCUGAUGGUCAAGUCUGGCCUUCACUGUCUCUCCACACCCCUGGUGGGGGUUCCCCUUCCUUCUCUGCUGUAUGGAAGAGCCAUCGCUAGGAUGGUGAAUAAAGUUGAGAAUGUGAGUUCAGGUUGA